CUUGAUUAAGAGGUUUAGGGCGCCACCUGAAGUCCAAACUUAUAAAUUAUUAAACGCGGUUGCGUCUUUUGAGCUCGUGUGAGCAAGAAUAAAAAACUUGCUUGUGUAGUCAUGUCGAACAGCACUCGAAGUUUACUCGAAAGCUCUUGUGAUAUCGGUCCAUCUGACUUGACACAGACUAGCUCAAUUGCAGAUCAGCUACGAGCAGUGAAAGACGGAGAAGUCUGUAUGGUAGACUACAGGAAUUGCAGUGUUCUACAAUGCACGACAUGCAACACAGUGCUUGGAGACUCUCUCGGCAUCUGCGGGGAAAUUCAGAGCCUCCAGAGUAUCAUUUGUUCGAAAGUUACUGAGGAAGUGAGGGUAAACAAAAAGCUGGAGAUGAGUUUGAGUGGUCACCUGGCUUUCUCCACCUACCAAGUCCUUCACUGUGCUGGUUGCCAUGGUGCUGUUGGCCUGGUUCUUCACUCCACCCCAAAGCACCUGGCUGCUUUACGAAACCUCUUCCUUCUACGAAAAGAGCUGAUAAACUGCUACAUGCUAGGUGGUGCAUUUGUCAAAGCCUCCAAAAUCAACUUCAAACACAAACUCAUGGACAGAAAAUUUAAAGAGCUGAAACAGGAUUUAGAAGCUCAGUUGAAACAGGUGAAGAUUCUGGAAGGAAUCAUGGAACAAUUGUGCAUGCGCAAUGUAAGCUAAAGAAAUGCCAGGCACUGAAUAUGUACAGUUGUUUUGUUGUAACUGCUGAAAAAAUUUGUAUAUAUUGUGUAUUAUGUAUUGAACAAUUUUAAAAUUUAGUGAAAUACCAACUAGAUUUGUUUUUUUUAUUUACAUUAUGUACCAACACAGGAAUUGUAUAACGGUAAAUAAAAGUAUAUAUUGUUGUAUUCUGGAAAAA